AUGCCUCCGAAGAAGUGGGAUGAUGAAGAGAGCGAAGGCGGUGACUCCGCCCCUGAUUCUCCUCCUGCGGCCGCCGUUGCUCGUCGACGACAGUUUGACGAUGAAGAAGAUGAUGGUGAUGUGCUUGACUCUUGGGACGCCGCUGAGGACUCAGAAGUAGAGCGCGAGAAGGCCAAGAAGGUUGCCGAGGCGAAGGAAAAGGCUGCCGCUGAGGCCGCCGCCAACAAGAAGUCAAAGGCCCAACGUAUCGCCGAACACCAGGCCGAGCGCGCUCGUAUUCAGGCCGAAGAGGACGAGGAGAGCGAGGAAGAGGACGAGGCAGCUCGCCGCGAGCGUCUUCGCCGCACUGAAAAGGACGCUGAUCUCAAGCACGCCGAGGACCUUUUUGGAAGCAUCGGUAUCAGCGCUGGGCGAAAGGCCAACCCUUCCAGCACCAUGAUCGCUGAUCCCGAAAACCCUACGAAUCUCAUCAACCUUGCGGCUGUCCCGAUUUUCAACCCACAGACGAAACUGCAAUUUGAGAAGAUGCGCGGCGUUCUUUCUUCCCUUGUUGCUGCCAACACCAAGAAGGCUCACUACGGCCUCUUCCUUGAGGAGUUUUCCAAGGAUCUUGUCAAAGAGCUCAACAGCGAUCAGAUCAAGAAGAUUGCGAGUGCUCUUACGCGCGCCAGUAACGAGAAGUUGAAGGAGGAGAAGGCCGGAGACAAGAAGAAGACCAAGGCCGCCAAAACAAAGACCUCCCUUGUCGCUAGCAGGGCUGGUACUACCGACACCGCAACUUAUGAGGAUGAUGCCUUUGGAGACGACGACUUCAUGUGA